GGUGCUCAAGCUUUCACUUGAAAAUUCUUUCUGCUAUGCCAUCUGCCAUCCAUAACUAAGUUGGGCAAGCUGUGUGUUCUCUACACCAAAUACGAUUGCCUACGUUCAAUCAGACUGUUCUGAUGAGCAAUAGAGCAGCUUUCGUGGUUGCAUUCCUCAUAAGGUCCAUAUAUGGAGGCGCGCAGAUAGUUGCCAAAGUUGCUUUCAAUGAAGGCAUGAGCACGUCUGUCUUCGUUUUCUACAGGCAUGCAACUGCUAUUCUGUUCUUAGUGCCUAUUGCGUUUGUGCUCGAAAGGAAAACUGCUCCACCACUGUCAUACAAAGUCUGUCUCAAACUUUUUGCGCAUGCAUUUUAUGGGAUUUCUGGGGCGAUCAACAUAUACUGCCUUGGUCUCAAAUAUGCUUCAGCAACAGCGUCAUCUGCAAUAUUUAACCUUCUACCAGUGGUCGCUUUCUUUUUGGCUCUUCUGUUGGGGAUGGAGUUUUUGAACUUGAAGAGGUUCCACGGGAUUGCAAAGGUUUCUGGCAUCGUCUUCUGCAUUGCUGGUGUUAUCGUACUUGCAUUUUACCAAGGACCUGAAUUGAAACCUCCCAACCAUUACCGUCUCUUUCACCACUUAAGUUCCACCCAUGAUGUGGCUGCUCAUUCUAAAACAAGUUGGGUAUUAGGAAUUUUCUUGACAACUUUAUCCACAUCAUCUUGGGCUCUCUGGACAGUACUUCAGGGGCCUAUGUUGGAGGCGUACCCCUCUAAGCUGCUCAACACAACUCUCCAGAUGAUCUUUGCAACUAUCCAGUCUUUCUUCAUCGCUUUGGCAGUCGAGAGAGAUUUUUCACGAUGGAAGCUGGGACUAGAUGCAGGUCUUGUUGCCGUUCUUUACUCCGGUAUACUUCUUUCUGGAGUUGGCUAUUACAUGCAAGUAUGGGUGAUAGACAAGAGUGGGCCAGUCUUCCUGGCCAUGACAAUGCCGAUAACUCUGCUUGUCACAAUAGCGCUGUCCUCAUUUCUCCUAGGAGAAUCAGUUUCCCUGGGAAGUGUAACAAGUGGAGUGAUAAUGGUUGGAGGCCUGUACUGUGUUCUUUGGGCGAAGAGAAGUGAACAAAUUGCUGCAAGCAAGCAGAAAAUGGCAGCGCCAGUCCAGGCCGCACAAGUUUAGAUAAAGCUAGCUAGCUUUUUCUUGGCCGUGUCCCAAAAGUUAAUACCAGUACUACUUCUGGUAGUUAACGAAUCAUGCAAAGAGUAAGGAGUUUUGCAUAUAAAAGGCUACAAAUUAUUCAGUCAAAAAUAUAAAAAGCUACUCUCUUCGAUUCUAAA